ACCAAGGCGAAGGCUGCUCUAGAACUUUCGCCAGCGAACAGGCGCUCCGAGCCUCGGUGACGUUUUGGCACGAGUGACGGCAGGCCCCCGAGGUGCUGUGAGCGCGGCGGCUCCCCUCCUUUAUUCCCUCUGGAAGUGGAAGCUGAGGACAGAAAAUGACUCGUGGGAAUCAGCGUGAAUUAGCUCGUGCUAAGAAUGCCAAGAAGCAGAUGGAGGAUAAAAGGGGACAAAGUUCUAGUGAUAAGAAUGGAAAUAAAGGUAUGACUCUUGAAGCACGGAAGCAAAGGGAUGCUGAAAUGAUGCGACUUAAGCAGCAAAAGGCUGAAAAGAAGAAGGUUGAUGUCAAGAAGUCUUAAUGUUGAGAUGUGAAGACCUUGGAUUAUAAAGUGGUGUUGAUUCAGUUUUAGGUUUUGUGAUAAGGAAACCAACAAUUUUUCAAUAGUGUGCUACUUUACUCAAACUAUUAAACUAUUGUAGUUUUCCUUCUUUUCCUAAGAUAUAAAGUAUAAAUUAUUGUAGAAAAUGACAAACUAGCAAGCAAUUAUGGAUGUACUAGUGGGUCGUAUUUUAAGAGAUGACCGAUGGAGAACACCUUACAAGUGGGUAUGGGCAGUAUUGAGGUGGAUAUUUGACUUUCUAUGUUACUUGGUCUCUUACACAACUAGUGAUUGGGUAAUUCAGUACUUAACAUCAUGGUAUUAGGUGUAUAAUACAUUGAAUUAUUAUUUUUUUAAUCCCUGAACUCUUAGAGUCAUGGUUUGAAUAAGUUCUUCCAUAUUAAUCAUAGAUUUGGUUCACAGCAAGUCAUGUAUCAAUAGGAGUCAAUAAAUUUUACUUUAAUCUUAUUAACUCAUGUUUGAAAAUUCCUUUCAAAAUUCUCUUUCUUAUUGGUACUGUUAAUAAAUGAAGAAUGUAACUUGUAAACUUGAAGCAGGAAUGGAAGUAUAAAAGAGAUGAAUGAAAUGACCAUUCAUUUGAUUGCUUCUCACAUGUCUGAUAUGAAAUAUUACCCUAUAUGAGAAAUAUUCCAGUGUCUGAUAAGGUUAAUGAGUAGGCAAUAGACUGUUUCUUCUAUAUGAAGUAUCUUGUAUUUGAUGUUAUUCUCAAGUAUACAAAAUGUCCUGGUUAAAUAAUGUAACUGCAUCAUUUAACAGACAUUAUCUUACAGUUGGGAUUGCAUUACUACCUUCUAAAUGUGCAUUUGUGAACAUCUUCCUCUUAUUUAAUUACUUUUAUAAAUAAACUUUCAAAAUUUA